UAGGUGAAAUUUCCAUUCCAAGAAUACUAUCAAACACAUAUAAUCAAUGUAAACACGCCAUGAACUAUCCAAAUCCCACUUGCCAUUGCAGCACAAAAGAAGUCAUCCUCAGCAUUCCCCUCACCUUUGACAGACAAAUAAUCAAUCCAUUCCAUGUGCUACUUCUUCCCCAACCUACCCCCGUGUGCCUGCAUCCUCCAACUCUACCAACCAUGCCAACAAGCACGAAUCCACCAUCUCCCCGACAGAUACCCCGUCCCCAUUGUCCAAGUCUGUGGGAAAGUGUACUUUGUCCCUGGGGGCCCUUAUCGAAUCUGUCCUCGGUGUCAUGCUGGGUUUCCACCUGGAGUUGGGACAUGCGUUGCUUUGGUGGGUGUGGGCAUAUGCAUUCCUGUUUUACAGCAGCAACAGCAACAGGCGAUAAUGAAUUCAGACCAGAGGGUUAUUACGGGCGGUGUUAGUUCUGGGGAAGGGGGGCUAAGACGUGCGAAGCGAUCUCAGUUUAGAAGACAGCGUUUGUCGUCGCCGCAGUUGAGGCUGCGGAAUAAGUGGUUGAGUUCGCUUAGAGUCGUGGAGGAGGAUAUCUGUUGCUGGGGGCCAGGGGGUGGAUUCUGGGGGUUUGAGUUCUUCAGCGGGUGUGAACUUGGGCAAUGGGGUGGAUUGCGCUGUGAGUUCAUCGGAAUCACCAAAGGGUAGUGAGAGACCAUGAUCAGAAGAAUGAAAGUGAUUUCAAGGAUGGAAAAUGGAAGUGUUGGGUGGUGAUUUGUUUGAAAGAUAUAUGGUGGAAUGGAAAGAGUUGUUGACCUUUGAUACCAAGC